CACAACGCAAACGACAAAAUUAAUUUUUUUCCGAGCAGGAAACAACCAACACUCAUUGCAAUUGUUUGUAUAGGAAAAUAUUGUUUUUACUCUCCGAAUAUAACCAUAGUGAGGGUUCGUUUUGAGGCAGGAGGCUGGUAGUCACACGGCACAGUCCGUUUUAUACAGAUACAGUCGCAGAAUCUUAAAUCAUAUUUAUAAAAAAUGGCUGGUGUGCAAUUGGCAAGACGUUCGAUAAGUAAAGCUGACGCCGAAAGGCAGUUCGAUCUACUAUUUGAUGAAUAUCUGAAGGAUGGCAAUUCUGAUUCUGGUUUUGAUGGGGAAACUCAGCGAGAAGCUGGUAGCGCCGGUGAAGAGGCAGAUGAAGUUUAUAUCCCAGGGGAACAAAAUGAGCGGCGUGAACAGCAAAAAACCAUCCGUGAAGUUGCUCAUGUUUUACAAUCACUAGGAGAUCAAUAUCAAAAAAGAUUUGGUGCUGGCCUAACUAAGUCUGGUUUUAUUUUAACUGCUUUAUUCAAAGAUCAGGCAAGUGCACUUGAAUAUAAUACUUUCAAGAAUACUGUUGAAAGUCUAACAACCACAGAGAGAAGUACAGCAGACUUUGUCUUCAUGAUGUGCUUAACUCGUGAUGUGGUCAAGCAUGUUGGAGAUUUUGCAGGAAAAGCAAAAUCAUUUUUCAGGAGAUUUAUUGGACAGAGUUACAUUCAAAAGAUAACCGAGGCUGGUGGUGUGAAAGAAUAUGUGGAGGAGUAGUAGUGAUAAAAUGAUUAUCUAUUUUAGUGGUCUCUUUAUCAUAAUGCUUCACGCACACUCUCAAAUUAAUUUAAUUCUAAUGAUUCAAUCAAUUUUGUAAAUUUACGCAUUUUUAUAUAGUUUUUUAAAGUA